AUGGCAAUGUCCCUCAUCCAAGCCUGCCGCAGUCUAGCUCUCUCAACAUGGCUGCUAUCCUUUUGCUUCGUGCAUUUGCUGUGCCUGGACUUUACGGUGGCGGAGAAAGAAGAAUGGUACACCGCGUUUGUCAACGUUACUUAUGUGGAUCCCGUGACUUCAGAAAUCAAAACAGAGAAGACUGAGUGUGGAAGAUAUGGCGAGCACUCCCCCAAGAAAGAAGCAAGAGGGCAAGUGUUGAUGCCUUUGCUUUUGCAAGAGAGACAAGCUUGCGACCCGAACGCUAAGUAUCCCCUGCCUUAUCAAAACAAUGCUUGGAUGGCGUUGAUAGCUGCGGGGAAUUGUACAUUCAGAGAUAAAAUUCGCAACGUCGCUGCAUUCCACAACGCAUCUGCAGUCAUAAUUUAUAACGUGGGCUCCACUAAUGUCAACGAUACCAUAACAAUGCCUCAUCAAGGUACGGGGGAUAUCGUGGCGAUCAUGAUUCCGGAACCCAAGGGUCGGGAGAUCGCUGCUCUACUAGAACGCAACGUCACGGUGACCAUGCACAUCACCAUAGGAACGAGGAACCUUCAGAAGUAUGUGAGCAGAACGUCGGUGGUGUUUGUCUCCAUCUCCUUCAUCGUCCUGAUGAUCAUCUCCCUGGCAUGGCUCAUCUUCUACUAUAUACAGCGGUUCAGAUACGCCAACGCUCGCGACCGCAAUCAGAGACGUCUCGGAGACGCAGCCAAGAAGGCCAUCAGUAAGCUCCAAGUACGAACCAUCAGGAAAGGAGACAAGGAAACGGAGUCUGACUUUGACAACUGUGCUGUGUGCAUCGAGGGCUAUAAAGCGAAUGAUGUUGUUAGGAUAUUGCCGUGCAGGCACAUCUUCCAUAAAAGCUGUGUGGACCCCUGGCUUCUGGACCAUCGGACCUGUCCCAUGUGUAAAAUGAACAUCCUCAAAGCGUUGGGAAUACCACCCAACUUUGACUGUGGGGAUGACAUUCCGCCAGACUAUGAGAUGUCCGUGGGAGGCCCGCCCACCAACGCAAUCACAGGGGCCAGAGACAUCACGGUGAACGGGGAAGAGAGCUCGGUGGUGCUGGACACGGUGGACAUGGACAGGACUAUAGGGCUGCCUCAGGUCUACCAUGACGCCUACGAGACACUACCACAGGCUGGGGACAGCCGACACAUCGCCAGCAGUGAGCACCAGCCCCCACUGAGCAGCGACUCGGACACCUCCCUUAUCUUGGCUGUGGAGGUGGGUCUUUCCGACAUGGAACUCUCCCUCGGGCAUGACCGUGACGAGGUCAAGUCCUGAGCCAAUCAGAGCCAAGUAAGAAGGAAGCUCACGGGUUCGACAUGGAGAUGAGAAACGGGACCAAAGGGGCAGCGCCUGGCCCCCUGAUGGGAGGUAGUGGCUCCAAAUAAAUAAGAAACAAGCAAGCAAUAGAACCCAUAGCAGUGCAACGCACCUAUCUGUUCCCACUGCCUCAUCUACAGGUUCCUCCUGUCCUGCCUCCCUUUUCUGACUGCUGUCACGUUCAGUACCCAUGGAAACCAGGCAGCCAAUCACAGCUCUUGUCAUUAGCCUCUGGACUGGGGGUAUAGUUUAGCACCUGUGUUAGUUGUCUCCAUGUCACCAUCACUUUAUUGACUCUUUGGACAUGUGACAUUUUGAUUUCUUUCUACGAGAUCAUCACUGCCAACGUAUUCCAGAAUGAAACACGGAAAUCUUUACACCUCGUUAUAGGAAUAUCUAUUUAUACUGUGUAUGGUCAAUAUAAGCCUCCUGCAGCAUGGGCUUUGAGUGUCAUAAACAGUUAGUGCGUGUUCUGAGUGACCAGCAUUUACAUGUGGUAAACUUGAAGCUGAUGUUUUUUCACCACCUCUGCUUGAAAUAAUUUCCAUAACAUUCAACGCUGUUGGUAUUGUAGCAUUUAUACUAUGCACAUGUUGUCAAGCAUUUCUGAAUAUCCGAUUGUUAAAUUGCAUCCUUAUCCUUCAUUUAGGGGUCUUUAGGACCAUCGUUUAAUUCCACUUCUGAAGUACUGUACACCAUGUGUUGUGGGGACCAACUACGAGUUUGUUUUACCACACCAGUUGACAAUCACAGCCCACGGUAAUGGAGAUUUGCAGUGAUGACGUCAGCUACAGCCCUGUUUCAAACUGCUAAAGCUUUAUUAGCACCGCCAGUAACACCGCACAGGAGGCAAUAGUAGUAGCUGUUUGUUCAUGAAGAACAGAUGGGAAUUUAAUUCCAUUUUAAUGUCAUGUCAUCUCCCAGUCGAGCCACCCAAUAGCAUGUGGUGAAAUCUUCUGUUCCCUAACAUAACGUGUGUCUGCAGGUCUGUGCAUUUGCUCUGUGCCAAGUUCUUGCAGUUUUAGUUUUUUGUAUUGAUGUUGCUUCUGUUUCUAGAAGCCAAAGCAAGAUGGCAUUGUGGGUGUUGUUGAGUUCACCCAUUGGUUGGAUAGUGAAAAGCACAUCGAAGUUGUCUGUUGAUAAAAGUAAAUGACAUUUGACUAUAUCUGAACUCGGUGUAUUAGAUAGCCCCUAGUCUGAGACAUCCCAGACCUAGGGCAACCGCACUAGUAUGCUGGAACAUUGGUACAUUGUGGGAAGCAACUGGCCCAUCUAGAGAGACUAGAUAGCCCCUAGUCUGAGAAAUCCCAGACCUAGGGCAACCGCACUAGUAUGCUGGAACAUUGGUAUAUUGUGGGAAGCAACUGGUCCAUCUAGAGAGACUAGAUAGCCCCUGGCGAAGGAAUACCAUGCAUUGGUUGUGGCUUUGGUUGACUGUGAAUUCAUUAUGAAAGAGUUGACUAAACCCUGUUGCAGAUAGUUUGUACCUCUUAGUCAUUUCUUCUGAGGAUAAAACUUUUUUUUUCUUCCUAUGAUGAAUUUCAAAAUGGCAGUUUUUUUUUGUACAUUCGUCGUGUAGGGAAACGAAAGUCUGACGAACAGCAUUUAUUUUAGUAUGAAAAUAAGUUUAUUUUUGUAAGAAAAAGAAAAUGGAGGUAUAUGUUUACAGUCCAGGAGAAAUGGAGUAAGAGAAUAUUUGCCUGGUUUCAAUAGCUCACUGGUAAUGCUAAUGCAUUUUGAAUUACAUGUAUUAAUUCAUGGUUUGUCUUUCCUCCCCUGAUUUUGAUUACUGCUCUGUAAUUGUAUCAAAGGCCAUUUUUUAUUUGAGUUUGAUUCCUCUCUCCUUUGGAGUCCCCUCAAGGUUCUCAACACAUUCAUUUAUUUACAAAUGUGUACUUUCAUCCUUAACAUAUGAUAAUCUUAUAUUACUUUAAUAUGCAACUUAGAUUCGAUUUUCGAUUUUAAAAUCUGCAUGAAAUGGCACAAGGCCACUGUUGUCAUCGAGCAUCUACUGCAUUUCUCUUCCUUACUAUGCGUUCGUUCAUUUAAUCAUUGGUUCCUUUAGGCCGCCAACCAAUCAACAACCAAUCAACUCCCAGUUAUGUAAGAAGCUCAUAUUACCCAUAACCCCCACAUGUCCAUGUCAAUUAGAGAAGGAUUACAGAAUCUAUGGAAUUAAAUCAGUGAUGGGAACUGCACGGUAUGGGAGAAGGGAAGAGAAUGGGGAUUGAGUCAUGGAGGUGUUAAGUGCGCCACCAUAACUCGUGGUAUCCUUGGCCAGAAUACUAGAGAUCCAUUAAAAUAUGGUAGUCCCAUUUAGCCUCUCCACACACAGCUCUACAGUUGAUACUAUGGUCUGAGGGCCCUAGAAACAACUAACAGUAUUUGAUAUCCCUCUGGGGGUUGGUUUCACACACACACACACCACACCACACAGUUUCCAUGUGCCCAUUUGUUUGUAUUGCACAGGGGGACAAGAUAAGAGGAAGCAAUUAAGCUCUGGGGGCAUUUUGUACCAGAAGGAGGGUUUUGAUAGAUGCUGAUUGUAGUGUGUGUGUGUGUGUGUGUGUGUAUGUGUGUCUGACAUCUUCACUUGUGUGAAGCCAGAACAUUUAAAAGCCUUUAAUUGCUUCCUGUUUCAUGUAAGGGGUUGUGUUUAAUUGACUUCACUUCCUGAAAGGUCAUUCUAUCAUUCUCAAACUUCUUACGUCCACUUAUUCCAACAACUCUUUUUUUAAAUGACCAUGAAGAAGCAAUGGCCUUGAUUUGAACGUAAUUUGAAUGAAUAUCUGUGAUAUUCGUAAUGAACACUUGUAGAAACCGGGGUGUUCUUCCAAAUAUAAAGUAAUGAAUGCACAUAUUAUAAUCUUAUAGUAGGUUAUUGUUUACCCCAAUGAUGGUAUAAUUAUGUCAGGUAUACAUAAAAUUACAUAAUAGAAACUCAUCAUUUAAAUAUAGCUUUUAGUUCUCUGUCUUUAACUGGUUGUGUACCAGUUGUGUACUACCUAGAAUGCACUUUUUCACUUGAAGGAGAGUUCUGUAUACUACAACGAAAUGGCACAAAACAUCUUUUGAAUACGGUUGACCUUAAAUGCGGUUGACAGUUGACACGACCAUGUUUUUAAGAGAGAGGGCUACAAUAUUGGAAAUGGCACGUUACAUAAUUGUCACUGUAUAUGUGCUGUUUAAGAGUCUGUGUUAUUUUAUCUAGACUUGUAUACCAGCUGUGGGUUUGGGGAAUGUUACGAAAAUGUUGUAUGCUAUAUCUAGCAGAACUCUACAGUAUUGCUAUUUUGUAAUAUAGAGAAAUAUGUAAAUAUUUUUGGCAGUGUUAAUGAUAUACAGUACAGUUCUAUAGUACAAUGUUGCAUGUGUGUCAGUCAAUGAUUGUGAGGUACAAUACAUUUUAUUGCAAGUUUUUCCAACUGUGGUGAAGCUGUCUGGUUUCUAUUUCGUUAUUGUCGAUCAUGUUUAUGUCAACCCUCUCUGAUACCGUUAGGGUGAGCCAAUGCUAUUGAAAUGAUUUAUUCUGACAUUAUUCAUUGGCCAAUAUGUAAAUGGCCAUCAUAUGUUCCAACGAUAUAAGCUGGUCUCUGCUGUUUCGUUACGAUAUGCACACUAGCACACUACACUACAUGGCCAAAAGUAUGUGGACACACCUUCAAAUUAGUGGUUUCUGUCACACCCAUCGCUGACAGGUGUAUAACAUCGAGCACCCACCCUUGCAAUCUCCAUAGUCAAACAUUGGCAGUAGAAUAUACUGAAGAGCUCAGUAACUGUCAACGUGGCGCCGUCAUAGGAUGCCACCUUUCCAACAAGUCAGUUUGUCAAAUUUCUGCCUUGCUAGAGCUGCCACGGUCAAUUGUAAGCACUGCUAUUAUGAAGUGGAAACGUCUACGAGCAACAGCAGCUCAGCCACGCACAAGCCUAUGAUCACAAUGCCAAGCGUCGGCUGGAGUGAUGUAAAGCUUGCCGCUAUUGGAUUCUGGAGCAGUGGAAAUGCGUUCUCUGGGGUAAUGAAUUAUGCUUCACCAUCUGGCAGUUGAUGGAUGAAUCUGUGUUUGGCGGAUGCCAUCGCACCCUCUCACAUAGCAUUGUAAUUUGAGCCACCUAAUACGGUUAGGUACACUUUUUUAUUUAACUAGGCAAGUCAGUUAAGAACAAAUUCUUAUUACAGUGACGGCCUACCCUGGCCUAACCCAGACGAUGCUAGGCCAAUUGGGCACCGCCAUAUGGUACUCCAAAUCACAGCCAGUUGUGAUGCAGCCUGGAAUCAAACCAGGGUCUGUGGUGACGCCUCUAGCACUGAGAUGUAGUUCCUUUGACCACUGCGCCACUCAGGAGCCCGACACAUAAGAAUGGCUUUCUGGAACGGAGAACCAGCUGGGAGAUUUUAGGGCACUCAUGGGAGGACACGGAUACUUCUAGUGGAAAGAAUGAGAGAUAAUUAUGUUUUAGUACUACUUAGCCUACAUGGGAACACCGCUAAAACUCAUACAUGUGUAAGUGAUUACUGUUAAGAUAUUUUACCAAGGUUUAACAUGAAUGAUUCAAUAAUUAUACUCAGAAACUUAACCAGUAGGGAUUAGAGGUUCUGUAGCAUGGAUAAGGGGUAAUUGGAAAUGAUAACCAUUGUGGAAGAAGGAAUGUAUGUGUGUGUGUGUCUAAAGUAAGCAAAGAGGUCAUUAACCUAUGUUUGAACCGACUCAGCUAUAACUCUGUGGCGAUCAAAUAAGACAGCGAGAGCCCCUCCAGGUUUUCCUUAUCUGGAACUGUCUGCUAAGUGAUAAUAAACUAUGGUGAGACUUCAGGAGUUAAUCCAGAGACAGUGUGUCAGGUAUGGGUGCUAGUGAGUUGGAAUUAACUUUUGAACCUGCUUUGUCCUGGUCGAGAGGAGGAGAUCCAUUUUAUAACCUAUGACGUCAUAUGUGAUAUAUAAGAUGUACAUGGUUCUGUGAGCAGCGCUAUCGAGAAUAAAUGCUAUUGGCUAAUUUUGGUAGACUGGCCUCUUUCUAUUUUAUGCAAAUAAGGAUCUUACAAAUUCUUAGAAACAGACAGUGAUUUUAAUUGAAUUGGUUAAUGAACACAUAUAGGAAUUGUUAAAUUCCUUUGACAAUUUGGUCCUUCGCGCGGAUUUCCAAAAUCUGUCCCUGUCGCCGAAAACAGGCCGGUAUAAUAUCUAAGGCCAACAGAGACGGUGACGGAAUCUCACAAACAUUGCUUUUCCCAGUCUACAAGACGAUGGUAAAUGGUCUUUAUUCUCGAAUUUGGGGGGAAUGAUUUAAGAUAUCUUUGAUUUGAUGUUCUAAAAAUGUUUAGAAUUGAUCAACAAUAGGAGCUUCAUUAUUCCAAACAGAUAAACAGGGUUUUGUAUGACCAAUAUACACAGUUGUAACAGGUCCGCGAUGACCUGAGGGAAGGUGCGCUACCAUAAAUAAAACUCAAC